AUGGCGCCGGCCUCCAAAUUAGGUCGGGGGAAACCUCUGAAAAGUCAAACAAAAGAAGUUUUAAACAAAAUACAUCGGUAUUUCGAGUCCGAGAUAGAAAGAGACCCGAAUUCAACAGUGACCGCCGCACAACUCGUCGUACAUUCCACCGGCAUAUCAAUGAAUGCACUGAAAAGAGUGUUAGCCGAGUAUAAGACCCGAACAACAGUUAAAAAAGAAUACAAUAAAACGCGAAGAAGAUGUAAAAAGAACUUCAUUUCUGACGACUUCGAUGCACAGUCCAUCCGCCGAAUCAUACACAAUUUCUACACCAAAGAAGAAGAGUUUCCCAUCAUGAAAGAUCUGUAUUUAAUCCUCAAAGCAGACAUGGACUACCAGGGAUCCCUGUGCACUCUGAGAAGACAUGUGGCAAAAUUAGGAUUUAGGUGGGUCGAAACUGAAGACAAUAACAGUAUUUUAAUAGAGAAACAAGACUUUAGAUAUGUACGGAUCCAAUAUUUAACCAAGGUUGAAGCAUAUAGAAGUCAAGGUCGUAAUAUUGUUUAUACAGGCGAUACGACCAUCGAGAGCAGCCGCAUGUCUUCGAAACCAAAACCGGACGGGACUUCGACUGUUCUUAAACAACCAGCCAAAAGCAAGCUGGUCACUUUAUUAGCCGGCGACCUCCAAGGAAUCCUCAAAAACACACUUUACAUUUUUGAUAGCAGCAAGAGGGAUGUCAAAGAAGAGGAUAAUAAGAACGAAAACUAUUUUAAUCAUGAAAAGUGGUUCCGAUAUCAUUUGUUACCGAGUUUGAAGCCCAAUAGCAUUGUGAUUGUAGACGGUGGACUAACCUGGCACAAUCGGCUGGUCAAUCCGACACCGCACUCGAAUUCCCGGAAAAAAGACAUGAUGGAUUGGCUAACUUCGCGCAGCGUGCCGCACUCAUCGAACAUGUACAAAGCACAGCUUUAUCAGCUCAUUUUGCUUCAUAAGGACAAAUUCAGUGACUAUAAAAUUGAUGCACUGCUCAGAGAACACGGGCAUACAGUCUUGCGCUUACCGCCACACCAUCCCGACUUAAACCCUAUUAAGACCGUCUUAUCUAGCGUCAAAGAAUAUAUAGGCACAGAUAUUUCCCUGAAAUUGGAGAGCGUCUUGAAAAUUGCCAAGGAGAAAUUGUCUUCUAUUGAACCGGAAGAAUGGAAACAGACCUUCAGACUUGCAGAGGCAGAGGAAAAUAGCUUGAAAGCUACUGAAAUGAUUAUAGAUGAGAUAUCAGAGAGGACAUUCAAGAAUAUAGAUGAAGAAACAGGUGAAAGUGAGAUAGAAGAUGAUAACGGAUCUGAACAGGAAUCGAUGGAUAGUGACUGA